AUGCAAAGUGUUGACCUAGCACCCAGGCAAAGUGCUAAGCAAGCACCCAGGCAAAGUGCUAACCUAGCACCCAGGCAAAGUGCUAAGCAAGCAUCCAGGCAAAGUGCUAAGCAAGCACGCAAGCUAAGUGUUGACCUAGCACCCAGGCAAAGUGAUAAGCUGGCACCCAGGCAAAGUUAUAAGCUAGCACACAGGCAAAGUGCUAAGCUGGCAACCAGGGAAAGUGGUAACCUAGCACCCAGGCAAAGUGCUAAGCUAGCAACCAGGCAAAGUGCUAAGCAAGCACCUAGGCAAAGUGGUAACCUAGCACCCAGGCAAAGUGCUAAGCUAGCACCCAGGCAAAGUGCUAAGCUAGCACUCAGGCAAAGUGCUCACCUAGCACCCAGGCAAAGUGCUAAGCUGGCAACCAGGCAAAGUGGUGACCUAGCACCCAGGCAAAGUGUUAAGCUAGCACCCAGGCAAAGUGUUAAGCAAGCAUCCAGGCAAAGUGGUAAGCUGGCACCCAGGCAAAGUGGUAAGCUGGCAACCAGGCAAAGUGUUGACCUAGCACACAGGCAAAGUGCUGAGCUAGCACACAGGCAAAGUGUUGACCUAGCGACCAGGCUAAGUGUUAAGCAGGCAACCAGGCAAAGUGGUAAGCGAGCACACAGGCAAAGUGUUGACCUAGCGACCAGGCUAAGUGUUAAGCAGGCAACCAGGCAAAGUGGUAAGCUGGCACCCAGGCAAAGUGCUAAGCUGGCACGCAGGUUAAGUGUUGACCUAGCAUCCAGGCAAAGUGCUAAGCUAGCACCCAGGCAACGUGCUAAGCUGGCAUCUAGGCAAUGUGCUACGCUAGCAGCCAGGCAAUGUGCUACGCUAGCAGCCAGGCAACGUGGUAAGCUAGCAGCCAGGCAACGUGGUAAGCUAGCAACCAAGCUAAGUGCUGAGCUAGCACCCAGGCAACGUGCUAAGCAAGCAACCAAGCAAAGUGCUAACCAAGCACCCAGGCAAAGUGCUAACCUAGCACCCAGGCAAAGUGCUAAGCAAGCAUCCAGGCAAAGUGCUAAGCAAGCACGCAAGCUAAGUGUUGACCUAGCACCCAGGCAAAGUGAUAAGCUGGCACCCAGGCAAAGUUAUAAGCUAGCACACAGGCAAAGUGCUGAGCUAGCACCUGACCAAGUUAGUGGUUACAGCAGCGAUGACAGUUGA